CUUGCAGUGACACACACGCGUUCCUUGGAGAAGAAGAUAAGAAGCAAGAGAAGCAAAUAAAAUGGCAGAAGUGGCUCCAGCAGCACCCGCCGCCCCAGCUCCGGCAAAGGCACCGAAGAAGAAGUCCGCCAAGCCGGCAAAGAAGACCGGUCCCGGCCCUGGAGAGUUGAUUCUGAAAGCGGUGGCUGCUUCUAAUGAUAGGAAGGGGAUUUCAUUCAUCGCCCUGAAGAGGACACUGGCCGCUGGUGGCUACGACGUGGAGCACAAGGGCGUCCACAUUAAGCGCGCCGUCAGGUCUCUCAUCGACAAAGGCGAACUGGUCCAGCUGAAGGGAACCGGGGCGUCUGGUUCCUACAAGAAAGCCGCCGCAGCCGAGAAGCCCAAGAAGAAGGCGGUGAAGAAAACACCAGCGGCUAAGGCCAAGAAGCCGGCAACUCCGAAGAAGGCUGCCGCGAAGAAGACUCCCGCGGCCAAGAAGCCCAAGGCGAAGCUAACGACACCGAAGAAGAAGUCCCCGGCUGUCAAGAGGAGUCCUAAGAAAGCCGCAAAGAAGGCCCCCAAGAAGGCCGUGACUCCCAAGAAGGCCGUGACUCCCAAGAAGACCGCAAAGAAGGCCGUGAAAGCCAAAGUCGCCAAGCCAAAGAAGACCGCUGCCAAGAAAACAGCCAAAAAGUAAAGGAGAUUUGAUUUAAGUAGAAAAACAAAAGGUUCUUUUAAGAACCACUCACCUGCUUCUCAGGAGCAAAACUAUCACUCUGGACUCUCUUUAUAUGUCACAACUUUGUAUUUUCAUGAAACUUAUCAACUGUUCUUUACUUCAGCAAAUGCUGUGCUAAUCUAUUUUUUAUAUAUAUAUUUGCAUGUAUUACAUAACCAUGUGAUAUAACGGGUUGCUCUUGUAUGAGUUGAUAGUGCUUAAACUUGUAAAAAGUUCAUUUAUACAUAUAUAUUUUUUUAAAUAAAAACAUUUUGUUAUUAA